AUUUCAGUCUUCGCUGUGUGUGGUCGUCCACGGCGGGGUGGGGAAACGCGUCCGAGGGAGGACGCUUGAAGUGGCGAGCAAGAUGAAUGGCUUGAAGGAAGGCCCACACCUCGGAGUGCAUCCAGAAUCCACACAGCGGGGCACGGUGCCUUUGCUGUUGUCUUGUCUCUUCUGACGAUUCUGCUCCGCGUUCUCCCGCUUGUUUUCCAUGUCGUCCUCCCGGCUUGUGUCCUGGCUCUCUGUCCUGUUUCUCGCGUUUGUUUCUCUCGUCGUCUGGCUCGGCCGAGCCCCGCCCGCUCUCUUCUUCUGCCUCGCGGUGUUUCUCCUUCCCACCCUCGUGGACUUCUUCAUCUCCCGCGCCAUCUUCGUCUCCUUGGCUGCACAGUGUGCUCUGGCAGGCUGUUGUUUCAUCCAGGGGAGACCGCGAGUGGAGAGGUGAGAGACGGGAGGAGAAAGAUGGAGACGCGGAGCUGAACAGAUCGGCCAGCAGCUUUUCGUCUAACUUCUGGAGGCAGUCUUUCGUCCUCGUUAGCUCUGUCCGUUUGCCGUCCUCCGCACACGCGUCUCCCCCGCCCUCUUCCUCGGCUUCUUCUCCACCUCCACCUCCGGCUUCUUGCAUGCGAUAAUAAGCGCUGUCAGAGGCACACCGCCGGGACGCGCACAGAGCAGCGAAAGCGGACGAGACAGUCUCUCCCGCAUUCAACGCCUCCAGAAGCACUUCUGAGUCUUCUUCAUUUUCGCGGAGAAAGUGAACCACAUGCGUGAGAAUUGCAGCGUCCAGAUCUCGUCUUCCUCUGAAGAUGACCUCGAGAGCUCCAAAGACCGCCAGUAAAUGCUCGGAGAAGGCGUGGCUGUCUGGCACCGCGAGCCUACGUGAACGCCGUAGCGUGCGCAGGACUCAAGAUGCGCUGACAGAAUGGAGAAGAGGAAGCAAUCGAAAGCAAAACAGGGCACAAGUUUCGGCCUCGUCGCCGUCCAUGCACAACUCCACAAUGGUAUGGAUGGCAGCCAAGACAGCGUCAUCGACAAGCGGUGCAGCAUUUCUUUCAAAACCGAAGAGUGCUUCGAGUUUUUUUCUCUCCGAUUCGGCUUCCGCGGAAGCCCGUUUUGCACACGACUUCGCACAAGUGGUGAGACCCUUCUGAACCGAAUGGACACUCUGUCGCUCGCGCUCGUAAUCUUCGUCCCGGCGA